AUGAAUUCUUAUUAUUAUCUGCAACAAUGCAGUCGAUCCGAUCCGGAUGUAAACGAUUGUUUGGUGAAUUCAGCGAAUAAUCUCAUGCAUUAUAUUAGAUCCAGAGGAAUUCCUGAGUUGGGAAUUGAAAAACCAGAACCAAUUCUUAUUGAUGAGAUUGGGAUUGCUUUGGGAAGUGGACCAGAUGGAUACAGAGCGAAAUUUAGACAAAUUAAUGCUUUUGGUGUGAGCAAUUUGACUAUGACAGCAGUCAGAUCUGACGUAGACACUCAUCAAUUCCUACUUUACAUUCCACACAUUUCCGCGCGGGCUCUGUAUGAAUCCAGUGGUGUUUUAAUUUUGGUUAAAGCAUCCGGUGGAGGAAAUUACUGGGGAGAAUAUGAGGGUGUAAAAGCUAAAAUUUACUUGAAAGCUAAUCCUAUUCCUCGUAAUGGCCGAACAUACCUUGAAUUAGACCAAUUGAAGAUGGAUUUCAGCAUCAAGGACAUCAAAAUGGGUGUUGACAAUCUGCACAACAGCAAUGCAGUCAUCGAAGCCGCAUUGAAUUUAUUCAUCAACACAAAUGCUCAAGAUCUUCUCAAAGAAAUGAAACCCGACUUAAAACGAAAAUUAAUAGCGAUAAUGUCAAACUUUGUCGAAACAUUGUUUGAUAAUAUCCCGUACGACGCUUGGAUCACAGACUAAUAUUAUUAUUUCUCUGUAAUUGAACAAAAAAAUAGUGAUACCAUUUAAGAGUAUGUUAAAUGUUUUAAAUCUCAAACGAUAAUUUAAUUUAUUAUUUCUUACACAUUCUUAGUUCGGUAUAAUAUAAGAUAUUGUGCAGUCAGACCAAAUGACAAGUUGGAAAAUAUCAGUUCAUUAAUAGAAAAAUGGUCUAAUGUUUAAUGACGUAUAAUUAUGGCUGAAAUCGGCAACUAAUUCAACGUUGUCAGUUUGUUACAAUUGAUGCAAUCAUAUUUUUAAUUUUAUUAUAUACAGAAUGAUCCAAAAUUAGAAUUCAGUGAAAUUCAGUGUACUAACUCACCAAAUAAAAUAAAAUAUAAUAAAUUACGUAUUAAACACAAA